AUGGAUUUGUUUUUUGAUCCAGACAAAGGCAUGCCAUCAUUCACUAUUGAAGUCGGCUAUUUUGAUACCAUUAAAGAAAUCAAAGAAAAAGUGUCCAAGUGCCAAGGUAUUCCUGUUGUUGAACAAACCUUAAAAUUCGAUGGAAAAAUUCUAGCCGAUGAUCUCAACAUUCACACGUCCGACAUCAUAGAUGGCUCUCGUCUUAAACUUAUCACUACUACUAACGAUCCUCAACAAGCGCCACACGCAACAACGACCAAGGUGAAAAUUGAAGAACCUCCUUCACCAUCUUCAUGUUCUUCAUCACACAAUCUCAAAAUGAUUGUGGACAUGAAUAAUGAUUCCGUUAUGACGCUGAAAGGGAAGAUGAACGAAAUGAAAAGAAUCCCGUUAAGUGGGACAAAAGUAUAUGCGAAUGGGAUUGAAUUGCAAGACCAUAAGAGCAUGCAUGAGUGUCAAAUUGUUGAUGGGUCAGAAGGUGAGGUGCCUACUCUUCAGAAAACACCAGCAACGAGCGUUUGUAGUUUAAGCAUGGGUUUAUUGGGGAAGAAAAUGAAGGUAAAUGUGAUGUCAAAAAAGGGCGAAAAGGUAAGUGUGGAAGUGAAUCCUCAGAGUAAUGUUGGGGAAUUACGGAAAGAGUUGCAAAGGGUAAGAAAUGAAGGGGUGAGAUUUGGGUUGCCAGAAGAAGGAUAUUUUUUCAUAUAUAAACAAAAUGUGAUGGAAGAAGAUCAGUCUUUUAGAUGGCACCGAGUACAACAAGGUGACACCCUUGAGAUCUUUAACGGCUGUGUAACCGGUGGAGCUUAA